ACUGAACAUGACCAGGAAGUCAUUGAAUGUGCAGCAGUCUUUCUGUUUGAAACCUUCUACAAUAAAGACCACUUGGGCACAGAGGAGACACGAGCCAUUAAACAUAUGUUUGGGCCUUUCCCAUCAUCUGCAGCUGACACUUCCUGUUCUUGUGUGUCCCGGCUGGUGGCUCGACUUGGAGACUACAGAGUCGAAGACUUCAUCAAGACUCAGAGUUCUCGUCACAGUCCCCAACGAGGUUCUGCAUUUGGACGCAACAUCUUGUUUUCAUAUGACUGCUACGCACUGGACCCGCUGAAAAACCUGCCUGGCUCUGGUAUCCAUGAUGAGAACACCAGGCUAGACUUUCUCAGCUUUCUCAACAACCAGCAGGUUGGGAAGAAUGUUGCCACUGAAGGUGCUCCCAGCUCUGUUCGGUCUUUGGGUUCAGGUGAUGGAUCUUUUCUUCAAAGGGAAGUGGAGAAAUAUCUGGAAGAAGGCAACAUGAUUUCAUCUAACCCAGAAGAUCUAUGCACCUCCUUGUUUGAGAUGUUGACCUCAAACAGAAGUGACAAUGAACUGCAGAAUGAGCUGUUUGAACUGCUGGGACCAGAGGGGCUGGAAUUUAUAUCCACCCUCCUUCAGCAAAGGGUGUCCAUUGCUGACUCCCUCAUCGCCACCCCAUAUGAUAGGACAGGCUACCAACAAGAUGUUGGCAGAAAAGUCAGUGGAGAAGUGACCAAGCCUGCUUAUGGGUGCCAGGUGACCAUUCUGUCAGAAAAGGAGAAACAAAUGAUGAGGAUGUAUCGACGGGAAGAAAAAAAAGAAAAGAAGAAAGUCAAAGGAAGUGAUGACGGGGACUCUUCAGAUGCUCUCAUGACCUUUGAGCCAAGAGAGAUGAGAGCCCAGCGAGAACAGGCCUUGUUGAAUGCACGCUAUGAACCUGUGUUGACCAGAGACAGAGUGUAUGAACGGAUUCGGUAUCCUAACGUCUAUGACAGCUACACAGAAGCAACUAAUGCACCUGCAUUCAUAGGAGGAGCAAGGGUGGUAACGUUGGCGGUGUACAGUUUUUUCCUUGUGUGUCUGAUCGGUCGUCAGUUCCUGGACCCGGGUCAGGGUUACCCGGGUCAUGAUCUGGACCUGUACGUUCCCAUCUUCACCCUGCUGCAGUUUUUCUUCUACGCAGGGUGGCUGAAGGUCGCAGAGCAGCUCAUCAACCCGUUUGGAGAAGAUGACGACGACUUUGAGACCAACUGGCUGAUUGACAGAAACUUCCAGGUGUCUAUGAUGGCGGUGGAUGAGAUGUACGGAGAUGUGCCAAUGAUGGAGAGAGACCGUUACUGGAACGACUCUAAUCCUAGACCCCCGUACACCGCAGCCACCCUCUUUGUCCUCCGUAAACCCUCCUUCCAGGGCUCCACCUUUGACAUGGCCAUCCCAAAGGAGGAGAUGCACUUCCAGCCGUUAGAGGACAUCGCUGAGAACAUGGAAGAAGCAGGUACUCGCCAUCCCAACAUGGCCCUGUUCAACCGCCUCCUCAACGCCGCUCCGUCCCCACCUGGCUUCAUGGGAGGAGCUCUCCGUCGUGCCUCAGCUCAAAUCCAGAGGUUACGGCCCUCCCCCAGCAUUGAACCAUGCAGCAGCGAUGAGGAGGAGGAGGAGGAGGAAGAGAAAAGCUGUAAUAUAGGUAAAGGGGGGUCUCUGCCUUCAGGACUGGGCCAGGACACCCAAAGCACUGUGUGUAGCUUCAGAGAGGAGAAUAGCACCAAAACGCCUCUGCUGGAUAUUCAUUUUGGGGAGGAGGAGCAGGGGAGGCAGGGAGGAAACUCUCUGGCCGGUGAGAGGAAGGAGUCGAGCGAAGGGGAAGAGAGGAGCAAUGAGGAGGAAGCAGGGCAAGGGGAGACCUCUACAACUCCAGUGUCACUGCUUCCUCCUCCGCCUCAAUCUUCCAGGGAUACUGCAGCUCGAUCAGUCUCCGCCAUUCCUGUCACCUCCUGCCUCCCAUCUGCCUCCCUGUUCCCCCCCACGGCCUCCUACAGUCUGGAGCACUGCAGCUCCCAGCCGGCCAUCAGUCACCACAGGGUCCUUCCCACCAUCCCUAAACCGCUGUACAGUGGAACCAAGAAAUCCCUCCCGGCUGUGCCGUCUCACAGCGAGCCGCAGCGUGUUCGCAGCGUGAGCAUGGGGUCAGAGUUCACAGGGGCCUGUGAGGCUCCCAGGAAGUUUUGA